CUUCAUCCAGAUACCCUUCCACGGAUCUGGUGGUGUGCUACUGGAUCACUUGCAUUCCUACCAAUACAUGCAGCCGGAGUAUAUGACUCGAGCUCAGCUGACAACCAGCUAAGCAACUACGUCAUCUCAUCAUACACACCCACAGUAUCCGCAUUGCUCGAAUCGACCAAUCUCCGGGUGGCCUCGACUUUUAAACUACUAUCGGUCAUCCAGCCUUCUGCUCCUGGUGCAUCCAAAAUACCCAACACGAAAGAGGAAUUGGGUUGUAUUCGACGUCGCCUAGAUGAUCGACCUCAUGUCGUACUGGAAGGUGCUGAAGGGACCAAGGCAAGAGUGCAGAAGGGGAUGGAAGAUUGUAAUUGGCUUCAUUUGGCCUGCCACGGCGUGCAAAAACCAGAGGAGCCGACUAAGAGUGCGCUCAUUCUUGAAGAUGGUCACCUCACUCUCGAAGAGAUCAUCCGACUCAAUCUUCCCAAUGCAGAGUUUGCCUUCUUGUCAGCGUGUCAGACAACGACUGGAGAUGAAAAUCUCUCCGAAGAAGCUGUUCAUAUAGCAGGCGGAAUGCUGCUUGCUGGAUAUCGCGGAGUUGUCGCAACAAUGUGGUCGAUUCAAGAUGAUCUCGCACCCAAAGUCGCAGACGAGUUUUAUGCACAUAUAAUGCAAGAUGAUCAAAGGCCAGACAGUAGGAAAGCAGCCGAAGCACUACACCUUUCGGUCCAAAAGCUCCGUAAGAAGAGGAAUGUACCGUUUACGGCGUGGACCCCCUUUAUCAUGCAAGGUAAUGAGCGACCGGAUGGUAGAAGGGCGGCUGAAGCACUGCACAUUUUUGUUCAAAAAACUUCGUCGGGCGAGAGAUAUUCCGCUUACAGCAUGGAUCCCGUUUGUACACCUAGAUGCAUAGCUAGCAUUUUGCAAAGAGCCACUAUAAGCGAGAAAGGGAACGAUUAUGUCAGCGUUAUCGAAGCGAGAUGCAAGGAACCAGCGUGUAUUUCUGGUAAGAGGUCGUGUUUCUUCGCCGAACUUGAUGCCGGAGAUGUGGUCCAGGUGUGGAAGGAUCAAGAGUGCAACAUUGACUGUCAACCACUUCCAAAUCUUCCGCCAUUCGACGCGCCUUUCACCCGAAUAGAUAAGGAUGGCUAUCACUCGAAAAUGAGAAAUUUCCCAAAACUGCAAAAACAGAGGCCUCCUC